UCAUUGCCAUGCCUAAUUGACCAUCGUCCCUCACCUGCUUCAAGCUAAGAAAUGAGCAGCAGCUCCUUCCCACUCACUCUGUUUAUCCCGCUCCCUUCUAGAACCGGUGACAAAUAUCAGCGCCCGCCGGAAAGUUUCCGCUAUGGGAUACGAAAACCGUCUCCUAAAGUUCGCUGUAACCGUGCGGGCAACAAUUUGGGAAGCACCAAAACCGAACAGGAACAUCUCAAACUCUCUGUUCUUCGUUUCACCCUCGGAAUACCUGGAUUGGAUGAAUCUUACUUACCGAGAUAUAUAGGGUACGCAUUUGGUUCGUUGAUACUGUUGAAUCACUAUAUAGACUCGGAUUCAUCCACUAUCACCGCAGCCCAGAUGAGAACAGAAGUUCUAGGUCUUUUUCUUGCUGCCUUUUCUGUUGUAAUCCCCUACAUUGGGAGAUUUCUGAAGGGUGCUGUUCUACGCGAUGAAAGGAAUCUUCCAGAAGAUGCGGACCAAAUGUUUGUCAUCUCGCAAAAUGUUCCUGAUGCUUUGAAGGAGGAUUUGGCUUGGGGAACAUAUGCUUUGCUGCGCAAUACAAACACUAUAUCUGUGCUUAUCACAACACAAGACGCACUUUGUGUGCGUGGCUACUGGAAAACUCCACGGGAUAUGUCAAAAGCUGAUAUAUGUAAUUGGUUUGAGAAACAAAUUCUGCAGCUUGGUUAUUUAAAGUUGGAGGAUACACUAUAUUUCACCGAAGCUACAGGUAUGAUUUGUCCUACUGCAAUUGUAUUAGUUCCGAAAUUCCAAAUCACAUUGGUUCCCAAGAAUGCUAGUUUUAUUGUGCUAAUUUUCUCUAUCUUGAAGACUCGGAAAAUCAUAAAUAUAGAUUGUGUUCGAACACGGUAUAUCCGUAUAUCUUAAAAUUAUAAUUUUUCUAAAAAUGAAUAAGAGGUGAUUAAUUUAUUAUCACCUAUUAUGUUAUUUCUGCAUUUUUUUUUAUAUAAAACCUCAAAUGUACAUUAAUUGGUUAAUGAAGAUAUAGACGUAGACCUCCAAAACCUUCCAUAUACAAAAUCUCAAAUAUAUAAUUUUCUAAGCAUUUCCGAUAUAUAUUACAAGAAUGCCACCUUUUCUGUCAAACUAUUGAAUGAUACUACCAUUAGUUCAGAUCAGAAGUGUUACUAUAAGAAGUAGUGCUUAUCAUAAGAUAGUUCUUACAUAAACCAUCUCCUAUAUGUGUGUGUGUGUAUAUUUAUAUGUACAUGUACAUAUAUGCAUAUAUGCAUGUAUAAGUAUAUGUAUGCCUACACAUGUAGCUAUUUAUAUAUGUAUACAUUUGUAUUUGGAUAAAAUAGAUUUGGUGCGUUAGAUUUGACACUUGUGCAUUAUGUGAGACAAAAAUGUGCAUUGUUAUGAAUUAAAAUAAAAAAAUGAGGUGGCAUUUUUUCAAACAAACUUAACUCUUUUUGCCACUCCAAACUGCACCGCUAUGAAUUAGAAUGCACAACAUUUUGCACCAUUCUCAUUUUGCACAACAUAAGAUAGUUCUUACAUAAACCAUCUCCUAUAUGUGUGUGUGUAAUUAUAUGUGUAUAUUUAUGUACCCACGAAUAUAUUAAUAUGUGAUGGCAUAACAUUUCUAUCACCUUUUCUUCGUUAAGGGAAAUCUAUUUGUCAAGAUAUAGACUAAGGCACUAAGCCUUUAAUAGCCUUCCGUUUUGAACCCCUCCAAAUUCCUCCAACAAAAAGAACCUAAGUUGCAGUCUUUGCAGUGUUGUCAAUCCCGGAUAGCGGAGCGUAGCGGCCAACCCUGAAAACGCUACAGCGUUAUACUGGAUAGCGGGAUGACCGCUAUUCAGAGACUAUAUAUGCAAAAUACAUAAUAUAUGUAUGCAUAUAAUUACAUUGCAUACAUAUAUCUAAUUAAAAAAAUGGUAUAUGUGACUGAAAGUUUCAAACAUCUUGACAUUCAUAAAUCUUAAGUUACCUACGAAUACUCCCUAGUGAAGCUAUUAAUAUUUAAAACAGCUCAAGUCUAAACAAUAAAUCAAAAAUAGUUUCUGGUUUAAGUCUUGAAUAAAAAAUAAGAUUCUGGUUCAAGUCUUGAUAAAAUAAUCCUCAUAAAAUUUAGAUCCAAGCCCCCCUUCUUAGUUCAUCAUUCACCACUGCUCCUCAUCGAAUUCUUCUUCUAACAUUAUCUCGUCUUCUUUGUCAUUUUCACUACUAUGGCUACUGCAAAAUUCUUCGUCCAUAUUUGUCUGUUCUUCCUCUUCAACAUGUUCCACCAAGCGGCUCUUUCCCCUAGAGUUGGAAGCUGUAAGCAGUUGUUCAGAGGCUGUUUUGGUAGAAAUGAAGCAACAUAAGAUACUACUCAGAAGAAUCAAAGAAGAGUAGUGCAGAAGACACUACUCAGAAGAGUCAAAGAAGAUGAGCGAUAGUGUCUGGGUCCCUAACAAUGAGUGCAGCAGAGGUUGUUCUUGUAGAAGAUGAAGCAGCAAAAGGCACUACUUGAAGAAGCAAAAAGGAGUGUAGCAGAUGUUGUUAUUGUAGAAGAUGAGUCGAUGACGCAGCAGAGGUUCUUGAAGAAGAUGAACUAUAGAAUCAGAAUCAUCAGAUGCUUGUCAUUGUAUCAAGUGUGAGUUGCAACAGUAGUGAAGAGAAGAAAUAAUUUCAAAAGGUGGAGCGGAUUUUAAGGGUUUUAUGUAUAUAGAAGGGUUUUGGCUGGUUACUAUUUAUUUUAAAAUACUUUACUUUACCCUUGAUGCUUCUGAAAACAAAACUUACCCUAGAAAAAGCCCAACUGUAGUGCUCUGCAACACCCGGUACAACGCCAGCUGUAGCCACCGUUACUCCUGCAAGAGACAAACACGAUGCUGCAGGUGGUCUUGUAGUGCCCAAUGACUCCUACGCUCCGCUAUGCCGCUCUAGCAUGCUAUUCACUUCACUGAGUCUGUAUAUUUUUUGAAGACUAAAUUGUCACUUCUCAAGCUAGAAUCAACUAAAAAGAAUGUCUGGUUCCAGAUUCUCCAAUUCAGGAGCUGCUUCCCAAGGGGACUCGAUCUCUUCUAGUACAGCCGCUCUCAUGUUCUUAUUCAAGUGACAAGGGCACUUCAAAGAAUGAUGGGUUUGUCCUGGUAGCUUCUGGUAACAGUUUUGCUUAUGAUAGUCAAGACAGAGGAUGGAUUAAAGCAGUUGCGAGCAAAUUUAAAAGUAAGCCCACUUGUACAGAUGUGUAAUGUUAAACGUAUCUUAUAGAGCACCAAAUACUUGUUAGCCUUUUUUCUAAACAGAUUCUCUGUCUACUAAUAGAAUAUUAUUAGGCAUAUGUAUUAAACUCUUUAGUAUAAAUAUACUGCCCAGGACUCCUAUUGGAGUACCUUUUCCCAUUAUUUCACAUCUACCUCUUGUGUAUUUUCUGUACCCUUAUUUUUGCUGCAUAUAUGCAA